AGCAGGAUCUGAGUGGGCAACGUCCCUUGAGCGCGAGGAUAAACUAGAAUGAGUUGAGGCAGCCUUUUUGGUCAAGGCCAGCAGAGAUCUCAACCUUCAAGUCUUCUGCAUUUUUGUCAGUUUUCUUCUCUGUAUCUUCAACCACCUGCAGACACCUCAACCCCAGCAGGAGGCAAAUAAAUUAGACGCGUGGGAAUGUACCCAUUUAAUAACGGUCACACAAUCAAGACUGCAUGCAGCAUGGGCAGAGACACUGGCUAAGAGGCACAGAUGUGCAAGGCCAUGCGAAUGGUUUUUUUUUUUUGUACAUUUAAAUAUGUAUGUCAAAGUAGGGCCAUAUGAAAGAGUGUACUUUAUGUGGAUGUUGGUUUCCUGUAAAAGAAUUUGUAGGUUCAGAGAGUGGGAUGGCUCUUUCUAUGUGAACUGUAUGUAUAACGUAAACAUAGAUGCAUGCUUUAAAGAGGCAAGCGUUAAAAGAAGGCCGUUUCUCACAGGGCAAUCUAAAACGCCAUGUGAAGGAGUGGACUGAAUUUUCAGAACAGCUUUUGGAGAGAAUGAGAGUAUUGUUAAGAUAAGGGAGUUGAAGAUGCAUGGAAAUAAAUUUCUGCCUGACGUUUUGUUAAAUUACCAUGCAAGAUAUUUUAAAACCUGUGUGAAUUCUAGUCUAGCCUUAGAUGAAUUCUGAGGGUUGUUCAUGAGAUUGUUCAGUGGAGAAGCAUCUAGUUGCCUCUAGAAAGUGCAUUCUCCAAGUAAAGCAGGAAAAAUUGAUAAAUUGGCUAGAAGGUCCAAGAAUCUAAGCCUGUAUAAGGCAGCUUUCUAGGUUUUAAUUUCAAGCAAAACAAAAACAAACUGCUUUUUCAUAAUAUAGGACCUUGACUUAUUCAGGGCAGACUUAGUACUAUAUCCAAAUAUACAGCUGUGAUUGUUCAUCCCAAUAUAUAUAGCCAUAACUUACAACUAUCUGUCUGCUAUAAGCUUUUUUGUUUUGUUUAAAGCAGGGGUAACUUAUGGUAUUUUGAAGGCCAAGAGCUAUGCUUGGUCUUUGAGAAGUAUACAGGAGAUGGUAUUCUAGUAAGAACUGCAGCUCCAGGAAAUAUUAUUUACUUUAAUAGAAGAUUUCCUGGAACCUGCUCUUUUGCUCUCUCUGUAUAUACUUUUUAAUCUAUAGUUUGUUUCCAAAAUAUGAUUAGUGCACAACAGAAGGUAGAAAAAGGCAACCAAUCGGUUAGAAUAUUUUCCAGGGUAAAAUGUAUUUAUGAAAAACCAUAUUUAUGUACUACGGUAAUGCCCAAGGAGAGGGAUAAUGGAGCAGGCCUAGACAUCUCUUUUCUCAUGAAGUCACCUGACCCAGAGGUGGGAAAUUUGUGGGCCUCCCAGAUGUUGGACUGCAGUGCCUAAGACUAGCCACCAAGGACAUUUAGUGAGGAGUAUGGAAUUGCAGCUGAGAUAUCUGAAGAGCAGGUUUGUCAAAUGAGAGAUAAGAACUUGAAAUGACUCACUGGGCACUAGAUUUAGGAAAAUGGUAGAAUGAAGGAAUGCGCCCCAAUCUAGGUUACAAAGAAUGUAUUUCUAUGAGAUAUAGAGAUACUGGUAUAUGAUUUUAUUUGUGUUUAAGAGAUGGGGCAGGGAACUGGUAGUGCUUGACAGUGUUGAGCUAUAAUUCUUGUCAGCUUCAAUCAAUGCAGCGUGUGGGUUGAUAGGCACAGAAAAAUUGAGGGAGAAAAAGAUAUACCAGUGGCUGUUACUCAUAAUAGCUAAGAGAGUCUUCAGUAAAAAGGAAGCAUGAUUGCCAGAUACCGAAACCAGGCCGAGGGAGAAGAUAUGUCUGUUUAUAAAGCUUUCUGUCAAGUCACUGAAAGUUGCAGGCAGCUGAACUACAACUCUCAUCAUUCUCAUCAAGAAUGGAAUAUCUUCCAAGCAUCAAUCAACUUCAGGGCUAAAUGGAGAUUUGCUCUACUCAAACCCAACCACCAAUGUUUUACAUCUCAGUUGCCUUUGCUUUUCUUACUCAUUAAUUAUUCUUCCCUUCCAUCUCCACUCAUACUUUUAUUAUGUAUUUAUGCUUGCAGUCAACUCCAGAUUCAGGCAGUCCUGGGCAGCCGGCUCCUUUUCCUUCUGCCCCACGGCCACCGCCUCCAAUUCUACCCCCUCCAUUUAUGCCUCCUCCUGGGAUCCCACCACCGUUUCCACCCAUGGGAUUGCCCCCAAUGGGACCACGGCCACCUCCUAUGCCGCCUAUGCCCCCCGGCAUGAUGCCACCUCCCCCUCUGAUUCCACCUAUGCCUGGACCACCACCCCUGGGUCAGAUGCCCACGAUGGUGCCACCAAUGCUGCCUGGGAUGAUUAUGCCGGGGGUGCCAGCUGGGCCUGUUCCUGUUUCUGGAGGGGCAGCUCCUGUGACCGACCCAUCCAACACCACAGUGACUCAAGCACCACCUGUGAUCCCCAAUCCGCUGGCAGGUGCUUUGCAACAAAAUGUAAUUCUUGGUGGAUCUCCAGUGUUGGAUACGGGCCGAAAGAAGCCAGCAUGGAGCGAUCAUAAAGCCCCUGACGGGCGGAUCUAUUAUUAUAAUGCAGAAACCAAACAAUCAAGUUGGGAAAAGCCAGAUGAACUCAAGUCUAAGGCAGAGAUCUUACUGUCACGCUGUCCUUGGCGUGAGUAUCGCUCAGAAACUGGGAAAUCCUAUUACUACAACACUCAGAGCAAGGAAUCACGCUGGACCAGGCCACGAGAGCUAGAUGACAUUGAAGCAUUGAUCAAGGAGGAAGAGGAGGAAGCAGAGAGGCAACAGCUACCUCAGCAACCGGAGCCGCCGUUGUCGGGUCCUGCCAGUCCCACCCCUUCUUCCGCAGCCACCUCAGACACGGAAGCCACUGGGGGUGUUGAAGAGACCCCAGGGACUGAGGGAGUCCCAGGUGCUGUUGAGGAGGAAGUCAUCAGCAGUUGCGAUCCCCUCCGGAGAGAUGAAGAAGAUCGUGGCAGUGGCAAUGCCUGGAGCAACAAAGAGGAAGCUAAACAAGCUUUUAAGGAGCUGCUCAAAGACAAGGGUGUUCCAGCUAGUGUAUCCUGGGAACAGGCCAUGAAGCUUAUUAGCAGUGACUCCCGUUUCAGUGCUUUGCCCAAGCUGAGUGAGAAGAAGCAGGCAUUCAAUGCCUACAAGGCUCAACGGGACAAGGAAGAAAAGGAAGAGGCCCGGCUGCGGGCAAAGGAGGCAAAGGAAGAACUGCAGCGCUUCUUGGAAGAACACAGCAAAAUGAAUUCUACCACCCGCUACAGGAAAGCUGAGCAAAUGUUCGGUGAGCUGGAAGUGUGGGCCGUGGUGCCUGAAAGGGAUCGCAAGGAGAUCUACGAUGACGUUCUUUUUUUUCUGGCCAAGAAAGAGAAGGAGCAUGCCAAGCAGCUCCGCAAAAGGAACAUUCAAGCUCUGAAGAGUAUCCUGGACAGCAUGAGCCGUGUCAGCUUCCAGACCACUUGGUCUGAGGCCCAGCAGUACCUCAUGGACAACCCCAGCUUUGCCGAAGACGAAGACUUGCAAAACAUGGACAAGGAGGAUGCCUUAAUCUGCUUUGAGGAACACAUCCGGACGUUGGAGAGGGAGGAGGAGGAGGAACGUGAACGGGGUCGAUUACGAGAGAGGCGUCAGCAGCGGAAGAACAGGGAAGCCUUCCAGGCCUUCUUGGACGAGCUUCACGAAAGCGGACGCCUUCACUCCAUGUCCACUUGGAUGGAGCUGUAUCCCUCCCUCAGCACCGACCGACGCUUUGCCAACAUGUUGGGGCAACCUGGCUCUACCCCGCUCGACCUCUUUAAAUUCUACGUUGAAGAUCUGAAGGCCCGGUUCCAUGACGAAAAAAAGAUCAUCAAGGAUAUUCUCAAGGACCGAAGCUUCAGCGUGGAAGUAAAUACAACCUUUGAGGACUUUGCUCAUGUCAUCAGUUUUGACAAGCGUGCUGCCACGCUGGAUGCUGGCAACAUAAAGUUAACUUUCAACAGCCUGCUGGAAAAGGCUGAGGCACGGGAGCGUGAACGGGAAAAGGAGGAAACCCGGAAGAUGCGGCGGAAGGAGGCCGCCUUCAAGAGCAUGUUGCGUCAGGCAGCUCCUCCCCUGGAGCCCAAUACCCCCUGGGAUGAGGUCAGAGAGCGGUUUGUCAACAAUAUUGCCUUUGAGCAGAUCACACUUGAAUCAGAACGGAUCCGCCUCUUUCGCGAAUUCCUGCAGUUGCUGGAGAGUGAGUGCCAGCAUUUCCACACCAAGGCCAAGAAGCAUGCCAAGAAGCCAAAGAAACACCAUCGCAAGCACUCUGCCUCGGGCUCAGAAUCCGGUUCAGAUCAUCCCCACCGAGCAGCCAAGCGCAAGAAACGAAACCACUCCGAAUCCGCAGGUUCAGGGGCCUCGUCUUCCCCCGACUCGGAGCACAGCCCCAGGCGUGCCAAGAGGCAGAAGAAGAAGAGCAAAAAGAAACGGCACAAGUCGAACAGCCCUGAAAGCGAAGCUGAGCACAAGAAGGAGCCAAGCCGGGCAGAAGAGUGGGAGCGAGGGAAGGCGCCUCUGCGACCUGAGGGGAGGGGCCACUCCCCUCCCCGAGGCACUCGGAGGGAGCGGAGUGGUUGGGACACCUCAGAGAGCGAGGAGCUGAGCGAAGGGGAGCUGGAACGUCGGCGUCGGACUCUGCUGCAGCAACUGGGUGACCAGUAAUUGACCCCUGCCUCUUUUGAGGCACCCCCCAACACCGUUGUACGAGAAGCAUUCAGUCCUUGUUCCUGUGGCAACUCUGCCUUGUUUUAGCCUUGGCGGCAUCCAAGCCAAGUGUAUGUACUGCUCUUGCUGGACCCCGCACGUUGGGUCACAGUCUUCUUCAUUACGUUCACCUGCUUCUAAGACGGGAGCGGCUGCUCCUGCCCGUUGGCGGCAGUCAUCUCCAGUGAAAACCACCAGUCUACAGCAAGCAUCAGGACAAGGGAGGAAAGUUCAGGUGUCCCUUGUGGAUCUGGAGGGCAUCACCAAAAUUGAAACCCCGGCUCUUGGAUCAUCCAGCAGAGGAUUGGGGGAAUUGCAUCUGAGCAUCAGAAUGAAUGAUGUCUGCCUCAACUCAGACUUCACCAGGGCCACACUAGCCCAGAGCCUCCUUUGGCCUCGAUGCAAAAUGGUGGCAGGAAACAGCUGAGAUACAGCAUCAGUCUUGUCUAAACUGGAGACGGGAAUGGGCUACAUGAUCUCGUGGAAGGUUUAUCACUGUGACUGGAUCCUUUUCCCUGGUUGCAGUAUCCCUUUGUGAGUUAAGGGUUUAAUGGAAUUUUUAAAACAAUAUUUAUAAUAAAUCUGGACUGAAAAUACCAAUCUAUGGCCUCCUGUAGAAAAUUAGUUUAUAUUGCUUCCAAAUGAUUUUAGGAAAAAAAGCCUCUAAAAGAGUAUUUUCAUAACCUAUUGGACUGGAUCUAUGGUUGCCUCUAAUCCCCAAAAAUAACAGAGGACUUGAAGGUACGCUGGCAAGUAUAUAUCUAAAAAAGGGAAGAGAGGAUAUACAAAUAUCCUAAGUUGGUACGUGUGGCAAAGUAGCCAUGCUGGCUGUAUAUAAAGCGAGUAUGAGAUUCAUCCAUAAUCAUUGUGUGAAUAAACAAAGCUACAAAUGCUGAUUGCUGAUUUCCACAUUUUUAACUGAUGGAUUCCAUACCUCUGUAUUUAUAACCUUGUACUAGAAUUUAUUACGUGCACUUAGAUUAUUUCCACAACUUGUUCCCUGACAAUUUCUUUUUCAUAAACCAGCUUUUUCUCAAAAGUUGACCUCCCGAUUGAUUAGUUUAUGGCUGCCAUCUCUGGUUCUGAGAAGGUGAUCUUAAGUAAAAAUGACUUAGAGAAUUUCAGAGCUCUUUUCAAAGUAUGAUUAGGCAUCCCAAGAAAUUCAAAACAUUUUCAGAGAUGGGGGCUGGGUC